UUCCUUCUCUCCUACAGAACCUAAAAGCAGAUCCAGAAGAGCUUUUUACAAAACUGGAGAAAAUUGGAAAGGGCUCUUUUGGUGAGGUGUUCAAAGGCAUUGACAAUCGGACUCAGAAAGUGGUUGCCAUAAAAAUCAUUGAUCUGGAAGAAGCUGAAGAUGAGAUAGAGGAUAUUCAACAAGAAAUCACAGUGCUGAGUCAGUGUGACAGUCCAUACGUAACCAAAUAUUAUGGAUCCUAUCUGAAGGAUACUAAAUUGUGGAUAAUAAUGGAAUAUCUUGGUGGAGGCUCUGCACUAGAUCUAUUAGAACCUGGCCCUUUAGAUGAAACUCAGAUUGCUACUAUAUUAAGAGAAAUACUGAAAGGACUUGAUUAUUUGCAUUCAGAGAAGAAAAUUCAUAGAGAUAUUAAAGCUGCCAACGUUUUGCUCUCAGAACAUGGAGAGGUGAAACUGGCCGAUUUUGGAGUGGCGGGCCAGCUGACAGAUACCCAGAUAAAGAGAAACACCUUCGUGGGCACCCCUUUCUGGAUGGCCCCCGAAGUCAUUAAACAGUCCGCCUACGACUCGAAGGCAGACAUCUGGUCGCUGGGCAUAACAGCUAUAGAACUUGCAAAAGGGGAGCCACCUCAUUCGGAGCUGCAUCCCAUGAAGGUUUUAUUCCUCAUUCCAAAGAACACCCCCCCGACGCUGGAAGGAAACUACAGCAAACCCCUCAAGGAGUUUGUGGAGGCCUGUUUGAAUAAGGAACCAAGCUUUAGACCCACUGCUAAGGAGUUACUGAAGCACAAGUUUAUAAUACGCAACGCAAAGAAAACAUCCUACUUGACGGAGCUCAUCGACAGGUACAAGAGAUGGAAGGCCGAACAGAGCCAUGAAGACUCCAGCUCCGAAGACUCAGACACGGAAACGGACACGGACGGCCAAGCAUCCGGAGGCAGCGACUCGGGGGGCUGGAACUUCCCGGACUCAGAGAAGAAUUCCCUGAGUCUUGAGAAUGGAACUCUUCAGCCAUCGGAUUUAGAAAGAGAUAAGGUGAGGCCUUUCUCUCAGUGUUUAUCUACAAUUAUUUUUCCUCUCUUUGCAGAGUUGAAGGAGAAGAGCCAGGCGUGCGGAGGUAACAUGGGGUCCAUAGAAGAACUGCGAGGGGCCAUCUACCUGGCGGAAGAGGCGUGCCCUGGGAUCUCGGACACCAUGGUAGCCCAGCUCGUGCAGCGGCUCCAGAGAUACUCUCUAAGUGGUGGAGGAACUUUAUCCCACUGAAAUUCCUUUGUCAUUUGGGGUUUUGUUUUUCCUUUUUUCUUCUUCAUCCUCCUCUUUCUUAAAAGUCAACGAGAGCCUUUGCUGACUCCGCUGAAGAGGUGCGCCAUCAAGGGGCUGUCCUCCCCGCCACGGGUGCCUGUCCAGGCUACACAGUCCUUCCUUGCGGGCCUUGGCCACGUGAUGUCUCCAGAUGGGGUGGGGAGGGUCAGCUCCUUCAAGCGAUCAUUUUAUUUUAUUAUUAUUCUUGUUUUUAAUUUUAACCAUAAUGCACAUAUCAAGGAAAGUGUCUUUCAAAACAAAAACAAACCCUGAAAUGUAUAUUUGGGAUUACGAUAAGGCAACUGAAGAAAUGAAACCUCAGGUAUCCUGCUUUAAGUUGAUGAUUCCCCCUCCCCAGGAGCUGGAGACUCACUCUGGUGGAUCAGUGUACAGAUGUGUAUAUAGUGUCAUUUUUACGGAAACCUUUUUGGCGUGCAUAAGGAAUCACUGUGUACAAAUUGGCCAAGUGCUUCUGUAGAUAAUGUCAGUGGAGUAAAUAUUCGACAGGCCAUAACUUGAGUCUAUUGCCUUGCCUUUAUUACAUGUAAAUUUUGAAUUAUGUGACCAGUGAUUUGGGUUUUAUUUUGUAUUUUCAGGGUUUGCCAUUAAUAAUAAUUAAUGCCCCUCUUAUGGAAUGCUCCUAUUUGUACCUCAACAAAUGCAAAUUUUCCUCUUGUCUGCCCAGCAGCCCUUUUGGUACACUUAGAAGUUGAUUUCCUUUUUCAUUGAUGGUACUAUUUCUUAGUGUUUUAAAUUGGAACAUAUCUUGCCUCAUGAAGCUUUAAAUUAUUAUUUUAAGUUUCUCCCCAAUGAAGUGCUCUCGUCUGCCAUUUGUUUGGAAUUGUGCCACUGCCAACCCUCGCCGGCUAUACCGUCCUUUCCAGUAUGAUUUUUCUGUUGCACCUUGUAGUGAAAUCUGCAUAUCAUCUUUCCCACCUAAAAAUGUCUGAAUGCUUACACAAAUAAAUUUUAUAACACACUUAUUUUGCAUACUCUCCUUGAAAUAUGACUCUUGACAGGGGAGUGUGUGUGUGUGUGUGGAUGAGAUGAUGAGACAUUUCAGCAGGCUCCAGGAAGAAGUGCCCACAUUCAAAACGCUGAAUGUCCAGGUCAGUUCGCUAUGCAACUUCUAAAAAAUCGGUCACUGAGAAGAUACAGUGAAUAUUGCCGAUUUGUAAAAUUGCUCUCUCUUCCCAGAGACCUCGAUUAAGGAUUGCUUUGUUUCUUAAAGGAGCCUGUGUCUGCUGGUUAGUCAGCCAGGUGUCUGUAUUUUUCUUAGCUUGUGGCAGGGCCUCACGUGCCAAGGGGGGAAAUCAUCUCUGGGUCUCUGGGAUGGGAAAUAGAGAUCCUGCAGCAAUUUUUGACUGUCUAGGUACACGUGUUGUUCUUUUAUGUUUGUUGAUAAGAAUCAUCAGUUGUCAUCUCUUGUUGGAGUAGCAGUUCUUGAGAGGGAAGACAAAGGAUUUUUGGAAGCAAGGAAGUUACAGGGCAAACUUCAAGAUGAAAGGUCAGAUAUCUGGGCCCACGGCCUGGAAGUUACAGGGAGAGGACAGAGGCCUGAGCCAGAGAUGUUUGAGUGGGUGAGUAUUGUUUAGAUUUGUUAAUGGAGUCUAGUUUUUAAAUACUAAAAUUAAAUCAUGAUUUUUUUAUUAGAAGUAGAUUUGGGUUGGAUAUUAAUUUCUGUAAGGGCUAUGUUUUGGUUAGGGGAAAUAGAACUGAAUUGCUAAUUCUCAUUGUGCAUGUCAUUCUGCAGCAAGAAUGUUAACUUGAACAGUAAAACUUAAGAAUAUUUCAUUUUGUGUUUCUAGACUAUUCAGUCAUAUGAGGGAACUGUUUAUUUCCCUCUGUGAGGCAUAAGCCAAAGAUCAGUUUGUCCAUUGUAGGAGAAGAAUCACUCAAAGAAAUGAAGCAGUGUUCCCCCAAAUGCGCUGCUUGUCUGGUUUUAAGAGCGCCAACGUAGACAGCAGCUUUCUGAUGUAGAGUUUCACAUUUGCAAAUUGACAAUGACAUCAAGACUGGAUGCUGAAGCCAAUCUCAGGAGUGGUGGUUAUGCUGAUAGGGGGACUGGACUCCAGUUAAGCAUGCUGGUGUGAAUGGUUAGUAGAUACUCUGCCAUCACUAGACUAUCAUACACAGCGCCGUCUCCAGGAUAAAGCAACAAAUUAUUCUUUUAGAGUUUAUUGGAAGCAUCUUCUGUCGAUUAAGCUUCUUGGGGAAGAUGUGGUUUGACUGGAUUUUAAAAGUGGAUUACCUCUCCCAUACAGUCUCUCCUGGUUUGUUACUUUCUGUAGACAGAAAAACUCAGCUGAUGUUUUUAAGGGCAUCUUAUUUAGCCAAGGAGGCUAGCAUUUUGUGUAUGCACUUCAAAUCUUCAUUAAAAGACAGACCAAGGUACCAGAACUACAGUGGAACUGGCCUCAGACAAUCUAAACUGCUGCUGGUGUUUCACCAGACCCGUGAGCUCAGCGUUUGAGAUGGAUUUACUAACACUAGGAAGAUUAUGGAUGCCAAACCCAGCAGUUAACAGCUUGUCCACUUCGAGACUGCAGGCACCUCGUGUGGGGGGUGGUUUCACACAGAAGCAAGCUGCCGCCUUUUGGAAACUGAGGCAGUAGGCUGGCUGGCUGGGUGUUUAUGCCUUGCUGAAGUCUUCUUUUCUGUGUCCCAGCUGUCUGCACUGAGCGAGGUGGCCACCAGUGUGGUUUGGGGUACCUGGGCACCCUCACAGAGCUGGUCUCAUGAUUGUCUUGAUGUAACAAGUGCCACACCCCUUCUGAAUCCCACAGGGUUCUUCUCAAGUUGGUCCUGUGAAGUGUCUAGUUCAGUUCUUCAUGUAGCAUUUUGUACCUUUCUUUUGGCAAAACAUAUGGUCUGUUUAUAAGCAUUUUUAUAUUUCCUUCCCUAAAAAAACAGCUUCUGUAUUUCUGCUAUAAAAUAUGGCAAUAAAUGGGAGUGCUCAAGGUGUGUUUUUAAGCACAGUUACUGUCUCAUGCAAGAGUCAAUAAAGUUCACAGAAAA